ACCGUCCAAUGCACACCGGGUCACCCGUGCCCUAAACCCAGCGACUCUUUCUCCCGUGCGACGACUGCGGCGUUUCCUCGGCGAUCGUCUGUCUUCCUCCCCAUCGGCGAUCAGCGGACGCAACGGCGGUGUCUUCCUCCGCUGAGUUCCUGUCGCUGCGGCGUUUUCCUCUCCAUCGGCGAAACAGAGUCUCCGCCUCCCCGAUUGGAGGGAGUAAUUUCCUGAAAAAAGCUAAUACAUUGCAUGUUUUAGCUUCUACAUGUGAUGGACUGAUUUUCAUUGGAAAGCUAGCAUUUCAGAUAAUGAAUGGUUUCGGACUUUCGGUACCUACCCACUUAGUGGAACAUGAUGCUGUUAAAGAAGCACUAGAACUGAACAAACUUACACAACAAAGAAAGAUUCCAAUUUAUUUUCAGAAAGAUUUUGUGUGUGUCAAAGUUGGCAAGCCUGAGCUGGUGGAGAUAUACGCUUAUAAUGAAAUCUUGGCAGGUUGGGUGCCUGUGGAUCUAGGGCCAGUUUCAAUGAAAGAAGCCUCUUCUAUGCUCUCAACAUGCAAGGCCUUUCAAUACAAUCUCAAUUGGCAUGCCAUAUUUGCAGAUCCCACUAAACCUAUAGCAGUCGAUAUUGGCAGCGGAAAUGGCUUGUUUAUUUUGAAGGUGGCUAGAAAAUGCACAGAUUUAAACUUUCUUGGGCUUGAGAUUAACAGGAAGCUUGUUCAGAGAUGCUUAGAUAAUUUGCAUCAAUCUGAGUUCAAAAAUGGAUAUUUUAUAUCAACAAAUGCAACCUCUACAUUCCGUUCUAUAGUUUCUAGUUAUCCUGGAGAUUUGGUACUUGUCGCAAUACAGUGCCCGAAUCCUGAUUUUAACAGAGAGGACCAAAGAUGGAGGAUGGUACAGAGAGGACUUGUUGAAGCAAUCUUGGAUCUGCUUAUUACAAAUGGAAAGGUGUUUUUACAGUCUGAUAUCAAGACUGUUACAACGAGAAUGAAACAUCUGUUCAUUACUUAUGGAAAGGGUAAACUAGUAGUGGAUGGGGAUGACAGGGAUUGGAUGGAGGAGAAUCCUUUUGGUGUUCAGACUGACUGGGAGCAGCAUGUGAUUGAACGUGGAGCUCCUAUGUAUAGAAUUAUUCUCAAAAAGGUUUGAUCGCUUGCAAAGGUGUUUUUACGGUCUGAUAUCGAGACUAUUUCAACGAGAAUGAAACAUCUGUUCAUUACUUAUGGAAAGGGUAAACUAGUAGUGGAUGGGGAUGACAGGGAUUGGGAGGAGCAUGUGAAUGAAUGUGGAGCUCAUAUGUUUAGAAUUUAUGCUAAAAAAGGUUUCAUCGCUUGCCAAGGUACCAAUCACAUUUACUCUUGUUGCCUUUUUUUUUUUUUUUAAACUUUUAAUGAUGCAUGUUAGAUACUUGGCUAUGACCAAAUGGCUUAAGCUAUCACAGCAUUUGGGGUGUCUUUAAUUGA